AUGGAAUUGGGGCCUCUAGAAGGCGGGUACCUGGAGCUUCUCAACAGCAAUGCUGACCCCUUGCACCUCUACCACUUCUAUGACCAGAUGGACCUGGCUGGGGAAGAAGAGAUCGAGCUCUGCUCAGAGCCCGACACGGACACCAUCAACUGCGACCAGUUCAGCAGGCUGUUGUGUGAUAUGGAAGAUGAUGAGGAGACCAGGGAGGCUUACGCCAGUAUCGCGGAACUGGACCAGUAUGUGUUUCAGGAUUCCCUGAUGGAGGGCUUGAGCAAAGACAUUUUCAUUGAGCACAUAGGAUCAGAGGAAGUGAUCGGCGAGCAUGUGGAGGUGCUGGAGGAAGCGGGGCAGAAAAGUCAGAAAAGACCUUUCCCAGAGGAGCUUCCCAUGGACCUGAAGCACAGGAAGCUAGCCGAGCCCCCUGCUGCACCCAUGGUAACUGGCAGUUUCCUGGUGGGGCCAGCGAGCAACUGCUCCGUCCUCCCCUGCCCUCCACCACCUACUCUGUUCAGCCAGGAGCCAGCAUCCGGCCAGACCUGCCUGGAGGAAACCAUUCAAGUGCCUGUGCCUCCCUCCACUUUCUCGCUGAGCUGCCUGAAUCUGCCGGCUAGGUGCAUCCAGUUCAUCCCCACUCUCCCCACUCUGCCCCAGGGGAUCUGGCAAAUCUCAGGGGCUGGGACAGAGGUCUCCAGUAUAUUCAUCUACCACGGCAAGAUGCCCCAGGUCAGCCAAAUCCCCCCUUCCAGCGGCUCAGCUGUCCACAGCCUCCCAAAGUCCCCAGACCGGCCCGGCUCUACCAGCCCCUUUACCCCAUCAGCAGCUGACCUGCCCAGCAUGCCCGAACCGGCCCUGACCUCCCGUGCAAACGUGACAGAGAAUGAAAUGUCCCCCACCCAAUGCCGGGCAGUUAAAGAGGUCUCCAGCAAGCUUCCAAAAUGGCCAGAGACGGUGGAGCAGUUCUAUCGCUCGCUGCAGGACAAGUACCGGGCCCAGCCCACGGGCCCAGAUGGCAUCCUGGUGGAGGUGGAUCUGGUGAGAGCACGGCUGCAGAGGAUCAGCAACAAGAGCCAGGAGAGGGAGCUGGCCACCCCAGACUGGGCAGAGCGGCAGCUGGCCCGUGGGGGGCUGGCCGAGGUGCUGCUGGCUGCUCAUGACCGCCGGCGGCCACGAGAGACACAAGUGAUCGCUGUGCUGGGCAAGGCUGGGCAGGGGAAGAGCUGCUGGGCCCGGGCAGUGAGCAGAGCCUGGGCCUGUGGCCAGCUUCCACAGUAUGACUUUGCCUUCUACGUCCCCUGUCACUGCUUGGACCGCCCGGGGGAUGCCUACCGCCUACAGGAUCUGCUCUUCUCCCUGGGCCCGCAGCCACUAGCGGCAGAUGACAAGGUCUUCAGCCACAUCUUGAGGUGGCCUGACCGUGUUCUGCUCAUCCUGGAUGCCUUCGAGGAGCUGGAGGCCCAGGAUGGCUUUCUGCACAGCAUGUGUGGACCGGCAUCCGCAGAACCCUGCUCCCUCCGGGGGCUGCUGGCAGGCCUCUUCCAGCGGAAGGUGCUGCGGGGCUGCACCCUGCUCCUCACGGCCCGGCCCUGGGGCCGCCUGGCCCAGAGCCUGAGCAAAGCUGAUGCCCUCUUUGAGAUGGCCGGCUUCUCAGCCGAGCAGGCCCAGACAUACAUGAUGCACCACUUUAAGCGCUUGGAGGCAACUGAGAAGCAAGAGAGAGCCCUGGAACUCCUCCGGGACCGGCCGUUUCUCCUCAGUCAUGGCCACAGCCCUACUUUGUGCCGGGCAGUGUGCCAGCUGUCUGUGGCCCUGCUGCAGCAGGGGGGUGAGGCCGAACUGCCCUCCACACUUACGGGACUCUACGUGGGCCUGCUAGGCCUGGCUACCCGCGAUGGCCCCCCGGAGGGCCUGGUGGGGCUGGCCAAGCUGGCCUGGGAGCUGGGCCGCAGACACCAGAGUACCCUGCGGGAGGGCCAGUUCCCCUCGGUGGAGGUGAGGACGUGGGCUGAGGCCAAAGGCUUAGUACAGCCUGCCCCGGGGAUUGCAGGGGCCGCAGAGGCUGAGUGGUUCUUCUCCAGCUUCCUCCUGCAAUGCUUCCUGGGGGCCGUGUGGCUGGCUCUGAGCAGUGAAAUCAAGGACAAGGAGCUGCUGCAGUAUUUAGCACUGACCCCAAGGAAAAAGAGGCCCUAUGACAACUGGCUGGAGGGAGUGCCACGCUUUCUGGCUGGACUAAUCUUCCAGCCCCACGCCCGCUGCCUGGGAGCUCUGGUUGGGCCAAUGGCAGCUGCCUUGGUGGACAAGAAGCAGAAGGUACUCUCCAGGUACCUGAAGCGGCUGCAGCCGGGGACACUGCGGGCAGGGCGGCUGCUGGAGCUGCUGCACUGCGCCCACGAGGCAGAGGAGGCUGGGAUUUGGCAGCACGUGGUGCGGGAGCUCCCCGCCCGCCUCUCCUUCCUGGGCACCCGGCUCACACCUCCCGAUGCACAUGUGCUGGGCAGGGCCUUGGAGGCGGCGGGCCGAGACUUCUCCCUAGACCUCCGCAGUACUGGCAUUGACCCCUCAGGACUGGGGAGCCUCGUGGGACUCAGCUGUGUCACCCGUUUCAGGGCUGCCUUGAGUGACACAGUGGGGCUAUGGGAGUCCCUGCGGAACCGUGGGGAGACCAAGCUACUCCAGGCAGUGGAGGAGAAGUUCACUAUCGAGCCUUUCAAGGCCAAGUCCCUGAAGGAUGUGGAAGACUUGGGCAACCUCGUGCAGACCCAGAGGAUAAGAAGUUCCUCAGAAGACACAGCUGGGGAACUCCCUGCUGUCCAAGACCUAAAGAAACUGGAGUUUGCGUUGGGCCCCACCGUGGGACCCCAAGCUUUUCCCAAACUGGUGAGGAUCCUCACAGCCUUUUCUUCCCUUCAGCAUCUGGACCUGGACUCGCUGAGUGAGAACAAGAUCGGGGAUGAGGGUGUCUCGCAGCUCUCAGCCACCUUCCCUCAACUGAAGGCCCUGGAAACGCUCAAUCUCUCUCAGAACAGCAUCACCGACAUGGGUGCCUGCAAGCUAGCUGAGGCCCUGCCCUCACUCUCUGCGUCUCUUGUCAGGUUGAGCUUGUAUAAUAACUGCAUCUGCGACGUGGGAGCCGAGAGCCUGGCGCAUGUCCUUCCAGACAUGGUGUCCCUCCGGGUGAUGGAUGUCCAGUACAACAAGUUCACAGCCGCUGGGGCACAGCAGCUGGCUGCCAGCCUGAAGAAGUGCCCGCAUGUGGAGACGCUAGCGAUGUGGACACCCACCAUCCCAUUUGGUGUCCAGGAACACCUGCAGCAACUGGACUCACGGAUCAGCCUGAGAUGAUCCCAGCUGUGCCCUGGACGAGCACAUUCUCUGAGGA